AUGGCUACCCCUAGUGUCCUAGCUUUUGACGCUGAGGGUCGCGCCAUUGAUUUUGAGGUCUGGUUAGACGACCUGCAGCUGUUCUUACAGUGCGACAGGGCUGACGGCCUUUCUCUCUUUGACCUCACCUCUGGCGCCUCUCCUGCUCCUGCUGCUGAUGCUGAUCCCACUGUCCGCUCUCAGUGGGCCACCCGCGAUGCUGCUGCACGUCUUGCUGUGCGUCGCCACCUCCCUACCUCUGAGCGUGCGCACUUUAGUCAGUACAAGAGUGCUCAGACCUUGUACGACGCUGUAGUUGCGCGCUACUCCUCCCCUGCCACUGCUGCACUGAGCCGUCUCAUGCUUCCCUACCUCUUUCCUGACCUCUCUGCCUUUCCCACUGUCGCUGACCUCAUUACGCACCUCCGCACUAGUGACACUCGCUACCGCGCCGCCCUUCCUGCUGAGUUCUGCGCUAAGAACCCACCCCCCAUGUACAUCGCUCUCUACUACGUAGUCGCGCGCCUCCCUGACUCCCUUCGCGUAGUCAGGGACCACUUUCUCGCAGUCUGUCCCACCACCCUCACCGUCGACCUCCUCGAGAAGGCCCUCCUCGCAGCGGAGAAGAGCAUAGUCGCUGUAGGUGCUUCUCGUGGUGACCCUCGCACCCCCAUCUUUGAGGGGUGCUCUCCUUCCCCCUUGCUGCCCUCUGUUGCCUCUGCUGCUGCUGCCGACCUGCUUGGUCUUGAGUCGGUCGGCGCGGCGUCUGCCCCUAGUGGGAGACGUCGCUCCAGCAAGGGCAAGGGAGGCAAGGGCGCGGGUGGAGCUGGAGGGGGCGGUGGCGGUGGCGGCGGUGGCGGCGGAGGGAGUGGGGGUGGCGGCGGGACUAGUGGCGGGGGUGGUGGUGGUAGUGGCAGCAGCGGCGGAGACGGUGGUGGUGGUGGCAGCAGUGGUGGUGGAGGCAGCGGCGGAGGUGGAGGCGGCGGAGGUGGAGGCGGUGGAGGCGGCAGCGGAGGAGGCGGUGGUGGUGGAGGAGGUGGAGCUGGUCGAGGUACCCAGCAGCGUAGCGGCGGUGGUGGUGGCCAGCGCUCGCAGCGGCAGCAGCAGCAGCGCUCGCGGGACAUCCCUCCGCCUCAGCAGCUUCGUGAGUGGUACGCUGGGCGUCAGAGGGGUGGGGGUACUGGUCCCUGCACCUACGUUCUUCGUUCCGGCGACCACGCGGCGAUCUUUGAUCUUGAUUUUGAUGCUAUCCUUGCUGCUAUGUAUGCUGUGACUUGUAGUGAGGAGAAUGAGGGUUACCGGUGUUUCCAGCCCGACCCGGGCAUUGGUACUGCUGCGCUAGGUGCUUGUGAGGCUGCUGCUCUAGGUGCCAGUGCGUCUGCGCUCUCAGGUACUGGUGAGACUGCGCUCUCAGGUACUGCAUCGCCCUCGUCCUCCCUCACUUUCACACUUGACUCCGGGGCUUCUCGCUCCUUCUUUCGAGACCGCACUACCCUUACGCCGCUCGGCCGGCCGGUUGCGGUCUCCCUUGCUGACCCCUCUGGGGGUCCAGUCCUGUCUCACUUCUCCACUGUCCUCCCGUGUCCGGCUGCCCCUUCGGGCGCCCUGUCUGGUCUGUACCUUCCCUCGUUCUCUACGAACUUGGUGAGUGGUGCAGCCCUGCAGGAUGCGGGGGUUCACCAGUUCACUCCUGCGAGUCAGCGGGUGACCCACUGCACGGACGCACGCACAGGCCGACACCUGGCCACCUUCUCGCGUCGGCCGGGGUCGAGUCUCUACACCCUGACCACUUCGUCUCCUCCUGUCCCUGCGUCCGGUCAGGUAGCUGCGUCAGGUCAGGUGCUUGCUGCUGCGUCCCGGUCAGGUCCUGAGUCUGCCCCCUGUUCUUGUCGCCUCCUGUCUCACGAGACUCUCCUGUGGCACCACCGUCUUGGCCACCCCUCCUUGCCCCGGCUUCGGAGCAUGGCCUCGCGUGUCCUUGUCUCUGGUCUUCCCCAGUCUCUCCCUCCUCUCCCCUCCGGGCCAGGACCUUCCUGUGUCCCCUGUGUCGAGGGUCGCCUCCGGGCUACUCCUCACUCCUCCCACUUCCCCCCGACAGAGGCUCCCCUGCAGACGCUUCACAUGGAUGUGUGGGGCCCAGCCCCCGUCCGUGGGCAGGGUCACGAGCGCUACUUCCUGUUGGUGGUUGACGACUACUCGCGUUACACCACAGUCCUCCCCUUGCGCAGCAAGGGUGCGGUCACUGAGGUGCUGAUCAACUGGAUCCGCGAGGCUCGUCUCCAGCUCAGGAAGAGCUUCGGCUCGGACUUUCCUGUUCUGCGUCUGCACUCGGACAGAGGCGGAGAGUUCUCCUCUCGCCUUCUGCGAGACUACUGUCGUGCACGGGGGAUCCGCCAGACCUUCACGCUUCCGGACUCACCACAGCAAAAUGGGAUUGCUGAGCGCCGCAUUGGCAUGGUCAUGGAUGUCGCUCGUACGUCCAUGAUGCAUGCGGCUGCCCCCCAUUUUCUGUGGCCGUUUGCGGUGAGGUACGCGGCGCAUCAGCUCAACCUUCAUCCCCGGGUCUCUCGGCCUGCGAUGUCCCCGGUCUUACUGUGGACGGGGAAGGUUGGCGAUGCGUCGGCGUUCCGUGUCUGGGGAUCUCGGGCGUUUGUCCGCGACUUGUCUGCGGACAAGCUGUCCCCUCGUGCUGCUCCCUGUGUCUUCCUUGGCUUCCCCACUGACGCCCCAGGGUGGCAGUUUUACCACCCCUCCUCUCGUCGUGUUCUGUCCUCCCAGGACGUCACCUUCGACGAGUCAGUCCCCUUCUACCGUCUCUUCCCCUACCGCACUCCUUCCCUCCCCCCUCCCCCGGACUUCCUUGUGCCGGUUCCUCCCACGGUAGACCCCCUCCCCCCUCAGGUUCCUGCCCCCUCAGGUGUGUCCCAGGUAGACGCCGUUGACCCGGUCGAGGUUACUGGUGACUCUUGUGCUGCUGCGGGUGCUGAGCCUGGGGGUGCUGACUCUGGGGGUGCUGUUCGCGGGGGUGCUGAGCCUGGGGGUGCUACUGCUGGGGGUGCUGGGCCUGGGGGUGCUACUGCGGAGGGUGCGGAGCCUUGGGGUGCUGAGCCGGGGGGUGCUGUGCCUGGAGGUGCUGGGUCUGGGGGUUCUGGGUCGGGAGCUGCUGAGCCCGGGGGUGCUGAGCUGGGAGUUGCUGAGCCUGGGGGUGCUGCGUCUGGAGCUGCCGAGCCUGGGGUGUCUCCUACUGCUGCGCCUCGCCGGGAGCCCCUCUCUCCACAGGAGCUGCGCGAGUGGUUCGCUCGCCGCUGGAGGCGUGCUGCUGAGUCUGGGGGUGCUGCUGGAGCUGGAGCUGGAGCUUCUUCGACAGUCGAGGGUGCUGGUGCUGCCGGUCCCGGAGCUGCUGGGCCUGCGGGUCCUCCUGGAGCUGGAGCUGCUGAGGGUGUUGGUGCUGAGACUCCUGCUGUUGGUCCUGCCACUGGAGGUGUUGGUGGCGCUGGUGCUGUCGCUGAGGGUGCUUGUGCUGUCCCUGCUGCGUCUGGAGCUGCCGCGCGGCCUCGGCCGUACUUCGUUCCGCUCCUGCAGCAGGUUCUUGGUCUUUCUCCUCCAGUAGAGGGUCCACCGCUUGUCCAGUCGCAGUCCCUGCUGGAGCCUUCCUCUCCACUGCCUGCUCCCUCUCCUUACACUGGUCCUACUGGAGGUCUUGCUGAGCGUCGUGAGCCUGCGUCUCGUCCCGCGUCGCCUGUUCGUACUGCUCGCGCUAGUGGUCGCAGUUCGCAUCAGCGUCCUCCUCCUGUCCCUGGCACGCACUGGAUGUCUUUGCGUCUGUCCACUGCUCCUCUGCGUGCCCCUUUGCCUUCUUCUCCUGAGUCUUCUCUUCCUACGCUUGCCGACCCUGAGUCGGACUCUCUUCGUGCUGCCAGUCCUACUAUCACGCGUCUGCUUGCUACUGUCGUCACUGACCCAUCUUUUGAGUCCACUGCUGCGUCUGCUCUAGUCGCUGAGCUCGUCGACUUUGCUGCUCGCUGUCGUCUCGACUACGCUGCUAGUCUUGUUGCUGAGUCUGCGUCUGUCUGUCCUCCGUCCGUCGGGGGUGAGUGUGCUCUUGGCACGGACGUCCUAGAGGACACGCAGGAGGAGUUACAGUGUCUAGCGGCUGCUUCACCUCAUCUCGCGUCUGUACUGCUUGCCCCUGAGGGAGACCCGGAUGCACUAGACAUCCCGACUCCGCGUUCUUACGCGGAGGCCGUAGAGGGUCCCUACUCCUCUCAGUGGCAGGCAGCUAUGGAUGCAGAGAUGGCUUCCUGGAAGUCCACAGGCACCUAUGUUGACGCGGUUCCCCCUCCUGGGGCGAACAUCGUCAGUGGCAUGUGGAUCUUCAGGGUGAAGCGGCCGCCGGGCUCUCCACCUGUCUUCAAGGCACGGUACGUUGCUCGUGGCUUCAGUCAGCGGCAGGGAGUUGACUACUUUCAGACCUUCUCUCCCACCCCGAAGAUGACUACUCUUCGGGUGCUGCUGCACAUAGCCGCUCAGCGCGACUACGAGCUUCACUCUCUCGACUUCAGCACUGCGUUCCUGCAGGGUAGCCUGCACAAGGAGAUCUGGCUGCGCCGUCCGCCUGGCUUCACUGGGACUUUCCCUCCUGGCACCCAGUGGAGCCUCCGACGGCCAGUCUACAGUCUCCGCCAGGCACCGCGUGAGUGGCACGACACACUGAGGACUACGCUUGCGGCUCUUGGGUUUGCUCCUUCUACUGCUGACCCGUCGCUGUUUCUUCGCACCGACACUUCCUUGCCACCGUUCUACAUCCUCGUGUACGUCGACGACUUGGUCUUUGCCACAGCGGACACUGCUGGACUCGCCUACGUGAAGUCCGAGCUGCUGAAGAGACACACGUGCACAGACCUGGGUGAACUGCGCAGCUACCUUGGCUUGCAGAUCACUCGGGACAGAGCACGCCGCACCAUUACCUUGACUCAGUCACACAUGGUGCAGCAGGUCCUUCAGCGCUUCGGCUUCACGUACUCCUCGCCUCAGGCCACUCCUCUGCCUACUCGCCACUCACUCUCAGCUCUGCCUUCGGAUGAGUCCGUAGAGUCGAGUGGUCCGUAUGCAGAGCUUGUUGGCUGCCUCAUGUACCUGAUGACCUGCACACGACCUGACCUUGCAUACCCUCUGAGCAUCCUUGCACGCUAUGUUGCUCCUGGGAGACACCGACCAGAGCACAUGGCUGCAGCGAAGAGGGUAUUGCGUUACCUGUGCAGUACGUCGGGCAUGGGGCUAGUGCUUGGAGGGCGGAGUCCAGUGGUCCUUACAGGCCACGCGGACGCUUCUUGGGCUGACGACCAGGCUACGCAGUGGUCGUCACAGGGUUACACCUUCAGCCUUGGUUCCGGCUCUGUCUCGUGGCGGUCUACUCGCUCGUCUUCGGUUCUCGGCUCCAGUUGUGAGGCUGAGAUCUACGCCGGGGCCAUGGCUGCACAGGAGCUUCGCUGGCUCACCUACCUGCUGACUGACCUUGGAGAGCCACCUCGUUCUCCUCCAGUGCUGUACGUAGACAACAAGGCCAUGCUGGCCUUGUGUCGAGAGCAGCGCUUGGAGCACAGAACGAAGCACAUUGCUCUCCGCUACUUCCUUGCUCGUAAGCUGCAGCAGCGUGGUCAGUUGCGACUUGCGUACGUGGCCUCUGAGGCCAACACUGCUGAUGUGUUCACCAAGGCACUCGCGCCUUGUGACCAUCAGCGCUUUUGCACCCAGCUGGGUCUUGUGCCUCUCUUGCCUCACUUGCUCUCCUCUUGA